CACCUCUAUUUAAGGAAUUCCCCUCCCACACUUUUUCUCAUGUUAACACUUGCGUUGCUUCCCAAUAUUUUCCUGUCCCCUGUUCUUUUGAUCCGUUCUAUUGGAGUAUUUACAACAUUCUUUUAUAAGUAUACAUAAGAAGCUGACUAAUUCUACAUUGAACUUUAGCAGAUGGCUGAGGAUGGUCACAGGGUUACUCUAAAUGUUUAUGACCUAAGCCAAGGACUUGCUCGACAGCUUUCAACGUCUUUUUUAGGGAAAGCUAUUGAAGGCAUAUGGCACACAGGAAUUGUGGUUUAUGGUGACGAGUAUUACUUUGGUGGGGGCAUACAGCAUUCUCCUGCUGGAACAACGCCAUAUGGAACUCCUCUUAGAGUGGUGGAUUUAGGUGUGACGCAUGUGCCCAAGGAUGUCUUUGAAAUGUAUUUGCAGGAAAUCAGUCCUCGGUACUUGCCUGAAACUUAUAGUUUGCUUACUCACAAUUGCAAUAACUUCAGCAAUGAAGUAGCUCAAUUUUUGGUUGGUACAACCAUUCCUGACUACAUUCUACAGCUCCCUAACGAAGUUAUGAGCAGCCCAAUGGGGGCUCUUAUAUUGCCUAUGAUACAGAAUUUAGAAACAACAUUGAAAUCUGGCGGAGUUCCACAAGUGCCCCAAUUUAGGCCUUCAGCUACAGUGAAUCCUUCACCUACUGCAGCUAACACCCAAAAGAAUUCAACUAAUACUAACUCAACCACUCAGAAAAGUUUGAGCAGAGAGGUGGAUAAGGAAAUGAAGGGAAAAGAUGGUAAUUCUAAGACAGCAGAAAAAGAAGUAUCACCUUCUGUGAGGCCAGCUGGGGAACCACAAAAGUCAUCACCAAAUGGGGUUACAACAGAUCCUCUUGGAGAUGCUCGCAACAAGGUUCAAGAUGAGAUUGUCAAAGAGUUUGCUGCAAUUAUGGCAACUGGGACAAUGCGUGCUAGUGAAGCUGCUGCUCUAGCCACCAAAAGAGUCAUGCAAAGAUAUGGGAACACUGCUGUGUCACAAAGUUAGCAACACUUGUGUUUGUCAUUAAACAUUAGCUGGAUUAAAACUCAAUACAAUUACUGCAUUUUUAGUGCUGCAUUCAUACAAUUGAUUAUUAUUUGAUUAUGGAAAACUUGAUAACUUAUGCUAGCAUCUAUUUUAUGAUGAGAAUAUGCAAAGACUAUUUGGUUGUGAGCCAUAGAAGUCUGUGUGCAACUAUAAUGAAUAUGAAGUGAUCUCGAGUGGAGUACUUAUUAGGCGAAUCAUCUCAACAUGAUGGUAUAAUUCUUGGAUUAUAACAAAACUAAGCUUAUCUUUAUGAGCAAGGCUGUUUUCCUCCAUAGCAGAUUUAAAGCAAAGAAAGGAACUAGCUAAAAGCUUUACAAACCAGCAUUGAAGGAUUCUUUUUUGAAGAGAACAACGUUUCCGCUUAAAUUAUAUUAUAAUCCUAAAUUUGGAUUUAGUUUUUUUAAUUAUAAUAAAUUUAAAUUUGAAGAAAUUAGAUAAUAUGCGAAUAUACUUGAGAUUGAGUAAGUUUGACGAGAUUGAGUGCAUUGAAGUUGCUUCAGUUAUUAUUAAUCGUCAUUCAAAUUGUUAUAAACUUCCAUUCAUUCUUCUUGUUUCAAUUUUUUUAAACAAGUAUUAUUCAGAAUUUUAGUCAAACUUUACAGCUAAAUAUCAUUUAAGAAAUAAUAACUUAUUCUCAUUCUACAUAAGAAUAUACUUAAGGGAGACAAAAGAAGGACGAUGUUUAAUCUAGUAAGACAAAAUAUUGCUAAAUUAGUUCAUACUUUCUAUUGUCUCUUAUUUACGUUUGAAUGAUAUUUGACAAUGUCUUAUGUAUAACAUUAAUAUUUUGUUUUGUACAUGUUGGAUUCAUUCUCAUACUUACUCCUAUGAUGUAUUAUUAAAUUAAAAUUCAUCCCUACAAAUGCAAGACAUGUUACAUUCAAAUAACCCACUAAAUUUAGCCUAUUACAAAAUUUAAAAUAUAUUUAACAUACCCAUAUGUACCUCACCUUGUUUAUGUUUUUAUAUCUUUCAAAACUCAACUAUAACUCUCACCCACAAUCAAUAUUGUUAUUCUGCGCUUUCUAUUUUGUCAUAACCUUUGUCACAUUUUCAAUUAAAAUUGAAUGUUAGACACCGUCCAAAUUGAAUGCAAGUGUCCCCUUUACAUAAAUCAAAUUUCAUUUACGUAAGUGGGGUUACUUUUUCUUCAAUUUAAGAUUGUUUCAUUCACCCUAUGUUGAGUACAUGAACUAUUGCUUCAACUCAUUUUAUUUUUUUAGCUAACGUGUGUUAAGAGUUAAAAAAAUAUUUGAUAAUAAUGAAUUAAACUUCUGUUAUCUAAUUCGUCACUUAAUAAAACUCAAUUGAUGGUAUAAAAAAGUUAAAGACUAUAUAUCAUAACAAAAUUUUUUAAAAUAAAAUCCAAAAAGUAGAACUUUUGAACGGAGUAAAUAGAUUUUAUUUUUGAAAAACCUCUCAAUAUGCCACAUACUCCUCUUUUGGGUUUACAUUCUACACGCAGCCGCGGACUGGAAACUUCACCCACAAACAGAGCAAAAGCUUGUUACCUUUUGGGCCAGCACCUCGGGUGGUUUUAAGAAAAUAAAGGGUCACACGCCCCAAAAUCGGAUCCGACCCACGUAUUCGCUUUAUCGAAUUGCUUGCGGAUUCAGUUUCCGCGUGGAUUCAAUUUCAACGGCAUUUG